UUGGUUACUGCUAUUCCAAAAGUUUCUAAUACACGUUUAGUUUCUAAUUUUAGGCCCAUCAGCAUAACUUCUUCUGCUGGCAAAAUACUAGAGAAAAUCCUGAGAGAUAAACUUGUGGGAUGGCUUGUCGGAUGGCUUACUAAGCAUCACCUGAUCCCUAAUGAACAACACGGCUUUUCGAAAGGUGCAUCUACCACUACACAACUUCUUGAUAGCACCUUCGACUGGUCUUCUGCUUUGAACAUGAAACAAUCUAUUGAUGUAAUAUACUUUGACCUCUCAAAGGCAUCUCAUACUCAAAUGUAG